GCAGCCACACACAGACACACAGGAGUUGGAGUGAACACCGUUGUGUUUGGGUUCGAUUGCUAAAGUAAAACAGCAAAAGGUCGCAUUCCAGAAAAUGAAUUAUUCAGAAUCUAGACGCCAGCAAGCGGAGUUGCCACUUCAUUCCGAUGAUAAUCAAGAUCCGAGACCAGAUGAUGAUGUGGAGAUGACAAGCAAUGGAUCAAGCGGGAAUGAAUUCUUGGGAAGUUCCAGCAGUAGCGGCAGUCAAAAUGGAAAUGAUUCAGCUUUGCUGUUAGAGUCUUUGGAGAAUAAUAAAUGCAAUGCUCAGUCUGGGAAGGUGAGGACGCAGAAAGAGUUGAUGAAAGCAGUAAAUGAGUUAAAAAUGCACCUGCCUAUUGAGAGGAUAAGGGGAAAGUCGAACACCCUUUACACCCUGAAGUACGCACUGCGAUGUGUAAAGCAAGUCCGAGCCAAUGAAGAAUACUACAAGCUUCUGAUGAAAGAUGACUCUCCACCUUCCAGAUUGAACAUGAGUAUGAAUUCCUACACAGUUGAAGAAAUGGAGAGCAUCACUUCUGAGUACACCUUGAUAAAUGCAGAUAUCUUUGCUGUCGCCAUUUCCCUGAUCACCGGACGGAUUGUAUACAUCUCUGAUCAAGCUGCUUCAGUUCUGAACUGCAAGAAGAAUGUCUUCAAAAAUGCGAAGUUCAUAGAAUUCCUUGCUCCGCAAGAUGCUGGCGUAUUCUACACCUUUACAUCACCAUCUCAAUUGCCCCUGUGGAGUGUGUGCACUGCUGCAGGUUCACCACCUCCAGACUGUGUACUGGAAAAGUCCUUCUUCUGCCGCAUGAGCGGAGGCUGGGAACGUGAUGGAAGUAUUCAAUACUAUCCUUUUCGCAUGACGCCUUAUCUUACCAACGUACAGAGAUCAGAAGAUGUUGAAGAUGAGCUCUGUUGCCUGUUGAUUGCUGAAAGAGUACACUCUGGAUAUGAAGCACCGAGGAUUCCCCUUGAUAAGCGUAUUUUCACCACCACUCACACACCAAGUUGCAUAUUUCAGGAUAUUGACGAGAGGGCUGUUCCUCUGUUGGGAUAUUUGCCCCAAGAUCUGAUAGGCACUGCUGUGCUGAUGCAUCUGCACCCAGGCGAUCGAUCUUUGAUGUUGGGCAUUCAUAAGAAAAUAUUGAAACAUGCUGGACAACCCUUCGAUCAUUCACCUCUCCGAUUCUGCACUCACAAUGGUGAAUACAUCACGAUUGACACCAGUUGGUCAAGCUUUGUUAAUCCUUGGAGCAGAAAAGUGUCUUUCAUCAUCGGAAGGCACAAAGUCCGAACAGGUCCUUUGAAUGAAGAUAUAUUUGCUACCCCUUCCCCUGGAUUAACUGAGGUGAAGAUGACAGAUUCUGAAAUACAGACCAUCACUGAACAGAUUCAUAAACUUUUACUGCAGCCCGUCUACAAAAAAGGCUCCAGUGGCUAUGGAAGUUUAGGCAGUAAUGGAUCUUAUGGACAGUUCAUGAGCAUCGCCUCUUCCAGUGAUAGUAAUGGCAAUGAAGAAUGCAGCAGAGUCAGCCCUAUGACGUUUCAGAAGCUUUGUAAGGAUGUGCACCUGAUCAAGAACCAAGGACAAGCAGUAUUCAUUGAGAGCAGAGCAAAACGAAGACACAAAUCUGGAGCGCAACAGAAAGGAAUAAAUGUACAGACCAAAGAUUUGAAGGGGAGUGCAACCAAGAAUGCCGUAAACAGCAAUGUCCUGAGGAGUACAUUCUUCGAAGACUUGAGAUGCAAGGAAUCAUCAGUAUAUUCUUAUCAGCAAAUCAACUGCUUGGAAAGUGUAAUCAGGUAUUUGGACAGCUGCAAUGUUCCAAGCAACGUGAAAAGUAAGAGUGAGCCAUCAUCAAACUCUGAGGACAAACAGAAACGUAUUCCUGACGAAAGCAUGCAGGUGUCUGAAGCAGAACUGCUGUCACAUCAGACUGUCCAAACUCCACUGAACCCUACAAAAGAGAUACCUGCUCCACUGACACACUUGCCUUUACCAAGAAAAGCAGAAAGUAUUGUAUCGUUCACCAGCCAGUGCAGUUACAGGAGCACUAUUGUCCAUGUAGGAGACAAGAAACCACAAGCAGAUCCAGAAAUUCUGAUGGAGGAUGGGCUUGCAAUGGCUGAUUCAGCAGCGAUUCCAACUGCACCACUUGUCAGUGUAUCUGUGAACCAGGAGAAGGAACAGUACAAGAAACGUGGCCUUACCAAGGAAGUACUAGCUGCUCACACCCAGAAUGAAGAGCAGGUGUUCUUGAGGAAAUUCAAGGAGCUUAGUAAGCUAAAAGCAUUUGAAUCUCCUUGCAAGUCAUAUCUACAGGAACGGCAUAAAGGGUUUACUGGAGAAUAUGGUACUCACGGGUAUAAAACUGGUUGGAAUAGUGCAGAACCUCUGUACAAAAGAGGUGGAAAGAAUAAGAAGCUGAAAUUGAAACGCAUGAAGCAGCAGGAAUCCUCUGAGAGUACUUUCUCUGGCACCAAUCAACAUCGUAGAAUUCCCUCUUGGUUGCCAACUGAUAUCUCUCAACCCAGAUAUUCAGCUUUGCUGCCAACAUAUCCACUGCCACUAUUUCCUACACAUGGAUCCAUGCCUUCUGUUACUGACUCAUCUCUUCACAGCUUUGUGGAAAAUGCUCAGGAUGUUCACCGCACAAUGCAGCCAACACCGUUCUCUGCACCUUUUGUAGCUCCUAUGGUUGCAUACGUGCUCCCUAACUAUAUGUUCCCUCAGAUGAAUUAUUCUGUACACCAGCCGUUCUUUGCUGGUAAUUCUGCAUUCCCUUCACAACCGGCCUUCCCACCCCGAACAGUGUUUUCUCCUCCGAGUUCAUUCCAAUGCCCACCACAGUUCACAGCGAGACCUGACCCACCAGCAGAUACUCAGAAAACACCUGCACCAUCAUGUUGCUCCACCCCACUCUCUGUCGAACCGCAAGUACAAGGGUCACCUCCAUUAUUCCAGUCAAGGUGCAGUUCACCUUUGCAGCUCAACUUGCUACAAUUGGAAGAAACGCCUAUGGUGUUAGAACAACCAGAAACAACUGCAUUUGUUGAAGAAAAUAGACUGUGUGGUAGAGUAGCAACAACCAACAUUACGAAUACAGAUAUCAUUGCAACGAAAGAAAAUGUCGGAUUUGCAGAUUUACCUGAGAAUAGUGAUACCCACUCCACUUCCACUAACCUCCUGGCCCUAUUACUUGAGGAUAGUCAUUCGUGUACUGGUUCUGCAGAUUCAGUGAGUGUUGGGUCAACUUCUUCAGGAUCUCCAUCCAAUAGAUGUGGAAUGUCUGGUACGGACACAGUAGGAAGUAGCCAAUUAAGCAACACCAGCAAUUAUUUUGGAAGUAUCGACUCCUCUGAGAAUGACCACAAGUCGAAAGUGAGAACCAAUUCGGCCAAAAAUAAACAGUUUAUGAAGUGUGUACUCCAAGGCCCAUUUUGGCUAACAAUGUCAAAUACAGAUGAGGAGGUCAUGAUGAGUUAUCAGCUUCCAUCCAGGGACAUGGAAUCGAUCCUAAAGGAGGACCGAGAGAAGCUGAAAAUGAUGCAGAAAAACCAACCCAGGUUUACCGAACAACAAAAGAAGGAGAUCUCUGAGGUUCAUCCAUGGAUCAAGACUGGUGAAUUACCAAAGGCCAUUAAUCUUGCAGCUCCUUUUUGUUGCGGAAGAAAUGUAUCGGGCAACAACUCGAAUCCGUUGGAAAGCGAAGUUGGCAGUGUCGAGUUAAGUGAAGUAGUGGAAUCAAACCGUGGUGACUGCCAUCAGCGCUUGAUCUUCUCCGCUAAGGAACAGAAGCCGACAGAAAUGAUGAAUUAGGAAACUGCAUGAAGUGCAUUUUGGAACUCAGCAAAUUGAAAGCAUUUGCACACAGACAUAAAUCAUCAAUCCAGGGCACUGUUCCUUUGGCAAGAUUCAUGAAAGUACAUUUGACUUUCUUAAGAAAAAUAAUAUUCAGGUCGAAGAGAAUAGAAGGAGUCUGUGGACUUUUUUUUUUAUUGGGAGAAAUCCUAAAAUUGUGUGCGUCAUUGCUGCUUCAAAUUGAAUUCCUAAUUGUACCAGUGAUGUUUUUUAUGUAAAUGUUAAUGUUUUCUGAUUUUUUUUAUUGUAUCUGACUUUAGGUUGUCGCCUUAACAACGUCUCCAAUGCAAAACAACCACUUUCAUUUCUAAAUGGAUUAUAAUUAGCCUACAGUGGAAUCUCAUUAUCCAUGCUCCAUUCGUCUGCCAGAAUUUUUGCGGGUUUAUUUAAAAAUGUAUUUAAUUACUGGUUUUAAAUGGGUAGGUUAAAUAGUACUGUGAUGGCGAAGGGGUGCUCAACGCAGAAAGCUUCAGAUGAUUUUUCAAAAGGGAUCUUUAUAGUCUGCCAUCCACUGAGAUUCCCUCCAAUUAUGAUGGAUAGGAUUAUGGAGUUUGUACUUUGUAUAUUUUUAAUAUCUUAUCCUAAAAUAAUUUUUAAGCUCUUCAGUUGAUGUGUGCUCAUCCCAUUGCAUUGAUCAGUGUAUGUGAGGUAUUUUACAAUCCUUUCUACUGGCAGUAUAAAUUUGUACUGCUUGAGGAAAUAUUUCCUAAAACUGAACACUUAGCAGACCAUUCUGCUGUUUGAAGAUGUACAUAAUGGAUCUCUGGGAGAGUAUUAUACAGCACUGACUUUAAAAAUAAAAAGAGGGUUCAGGCAG